GAUGCUCGUGUUGAAUUGAACCUUCAGUUGAUAACUAAUAAUAAUAAAAUGUGUUUCCUCCUGCAGAGACUCAAGCAGAAGGAGGCGGCGCCCCCUGUAGGACACCCUGCAGCUCUGCAGGUUUGUGACGAGCUGAAGCUUCCAGAUGUUUUCACUCUGAACGUCUGUCGACUCGACGCUGCGAAAGACUUCGGUUUCGCGGUGACGGGUCUCGUGGACGGAGUCGGUAAAAGUGUCGUCUACGUCAGCGAGGUCGACCCGCUGGGACAGUCGGCCAGAGAAGGCCUCAGGGCGGGAGACCAGGUCCUGGCGGUGAACGGUGCCGGCGUGUCUGGACUGGACCUGGACCUCAUGCAGAGUCUCUUCAGCCACCAGAAGCUGCAGCUGCUUCUCCGGAGGGACCAGGAGCCCACCCCCCCAGACCUCCAGACCUGGACCAGCACCGACAGCGUCCCGCUUCCUGUUUGUGACGGCGAGCUGCAAAGACAGAACGUGGAGCGGGUUCACGCCCUCUACCAAACCUUCCCAGAAGGCCGAGCGGCGGAGGCUGAUGUUCCCAGGAACCCGUACGGCCGAGACGCCGUCCUGCAGCCGCCAAGCCCCGCCCACCUGAGUGUGUGUCAGCGGCAGCGUAAAGUCAUCCAGGAACUGGUCGAAACGGAGAA